AUGUUUCUUGCCGUAUCCAUUCUGCUUUUAUUAAACAUGGCAAAAGUAAACCCGUCCAGCACGUGCUGGACGGAUGGGUCUUGUUCGAAGCACAGGCUGAAGACCAUGCCGAACAAUAUAACCUACAGCACUCUGUCGAGCCUGGUACUCAGUUUUAAUGACAUCAGUGAGGUGACAGUGAUACCUAAAAUGCCAACACUUACGAAUCUGGAUUUAUCGUAUAAUCUUUUGGUUGCAUUUCCAUGGUCCUCUUUUUCCAAUGUACCAGAAAUAGUACGACUGUCACUAAAUAACAACAAAAUUUCACACAUCGAUGCCGACCCGAAUUUCCCUCGAUCUCUGACACACCUGGCUCUUUAUUCUAAUCGCAUUGCCACUGUUCCUGAAACGUUUCUGAACGUAAAACCACCGCAAAAUGUAUUUUACCUCAAUAUAUGGCUGAACCCAUUCCAUUGUGACGGUAAGAUCCAUUGGAUCAGUCGUUUACGGAAAUGUGUGACGGACCAUCGCAAGGAUGGCUGCGUGAACACUUUUACCAAAACGGUGAAGAAAUGCAUGUUGUCAAACUGCAAUUUUCAUCAGAAUGGCGUAGUUAUAAUCCUUGACGUGCCAGAAAACGCCGACCAAUUCAUAACUCGACUGAGGCAUAACUACGUGCUGAAGUGCAGCACACCGAGUGAGUGGAAAGGGCAAUUCCUGAGAGACAUUUCUCUGCCGACGCCUUCAUCCCUUGACACAGAAGCUGCCACAAAGGCAACAACAGCAACAGAACCACAAACCACUUCUACAUCCACGGCUUACAGUUCGGAAGAAGCUACCAUCAGCUACUGGAACCGGACCACCGUUUUCUACUACAACAUUGCCACUCCAACUCUCUGGAAAAAGCAGACAGCUGCAGUUCUAAGUGGCACUCUGGCCGUUCUACUUCUCGGCUGGAUUGUUCAUCACUACAACCGAUGUAAGAAAAGACGACAGGAAAUACUGAACAACGUGGCCGCUGGUCUACCACUGCAGGCUGUAACAGAUAGGGGCGUCUCCAACAGGGCUGGUCAUGGCGGAAACAACGUCAUUGGACAUCUCCAACAGCUACCCCCUGCAGGAAUCGUAGAUCCCUCCCUUCAAAACACCUAUGAGGAAAUCAAGGACGAAGACAUGGCCGGGACUUGA